AUGGCCGAUGUAAAAGUAGAGGCUCAUCACAUCGACAAGAACCCAACGAAAUUUCGAAACUGGUCCGCCGCAAAGGACCCAGGCUUCAAUUGCAAGAUCUGGGAAGCAGCGCGUGCGACGUCUGCCGCUCCUCAACUCUUCAAGAGAAUCUUCAUAGGCGAGCAACUGCGCCAGCUAGAGUUUGUGGAUGGCGCACUAGGCUGUAACAACCCAAUACAGCAGGUCAUUGAGGAGGCUCUGAAUGAGUUUGAAGCUAACAGAGAUGUCGGUUGUAUUCUCAGCAUUGGCACGGGUAUGCGCCGUGCUGGAACCUUUGGUAGGCCGCGGGGAUAUCAAAGGUUGAUCCCUAAGGACCUGAUCGGCGUCCUCGCGAAAAUGGCGACAGACAGUAACGAGGCCGCGGAUCGCAUGUCAGAACGUUUCAGAAAUUAUGAUCGACUGUACUAUCGUUUAAAUGCUGGCCCAGAGGUUGGGGACGUCGGGCUAGAUGAAUGGGCUCUCUUGGGACAAGUUGAGGCGUCGACGGCAGGCUGGUUACGGAACAAGACCAUAAGCCGCCAAAUUGAUGGGAUUGUGGACGCAUUGAGAGGCCAUUCUAGUGAGGUUCUACCUCUCGGAAGCGUGAGUAAUGCCCAUUCCGCGUGUAUCUCUGAUGGAUGGUGA